AUGGCAGAGGAACUAGAACUCAAGCCAGAACCUGAAGGAGGCGAAGAACUGACUGCCUUGAGCUCCAUGGAAGGAAGCCGAAUGAAAAACUUGGGCGAGAACAGCAAGCUAAAGAGCGAUGAAGGGGCAGUCUAUGAUUUCUGGUUGCUUUCAGUAGCUGAAGCAGGUCUGAUAAAGGAAAUCAGAACUCAGAUUCUCAAGGAUGCCGCCAAAAAGGCAAAUUUCCCAGGGUUCAGAAAGGGUCAAAUUCCCCCGUAUGCACAACCCCAGAUCACAACCUUUGCCGUGCAAGAAGCUGUCAUCAAAACUGUCGAAGCCGGAGUGGAGGCAUACGGACUCAAGGCAUUGCCCGGUUCGGAUGGAGAAAUUGAAGUACAGGAAGAUGUCGCGGACAUGGCAAAGGGAUGGAAAAACGGUGAAUCACUCACUUUUACCACAAAGUUUUCCGCCAUUCUGGACCCCGAAAAGAAAUCCCAACCAGCAGACACAGAGGAAACUACCGAUGAGUAA